AUGUUACCCCUUCGCUACAAGAUCCUUCUUGCUCGAGGCCCACGCUACCAGGCACAGGCUCAGAGGAUCACAGAUGAGGCGCUGGCCCUUCCUGGCAUGCAGGGACUAUGGACCUGGAAAGGCUGUAACGAGCAUCCCAAACACAUGGAGAAGAUGUGGCAGCUACAGAGGAGGGAGCAGAGGUUCCUCGCCUCCAAGGAGCAGUUCCAUGCCUACCUGCGGGCCGGGGGCGAGCCCGGUGGCCAAGCAGGCAACGAGGGCGAGGAAGAGGAGGGCGAGGAGAAGAAAGAGGAGGUUGACAGCUGCCAGAGCGAGCCCCCCGCCAAACGGGUGAGGUCGGAGGGCCUCGGUCAGGACGGGGAAAGCCGUGAGGAUGCUGGAGCAGCGGAGAAGGAGCCUGGGGAGCGGAAGCGGGCCCGGGGGCAGAACAAGAGCAGGCCGUGCAUGAAACCCAACCACUACGAGCAGAGCAGGCUCUGCCCCUCGGUAACGCAGGGGUGUGCAGAGAAGUGCUACUUCGGCCCACGGUGCCGCUUUCUUCACGACGUCGGCGAGUACAUGGCUGCGAAGCCGGCCGACCUGGGGUGCAGCUGCGUGCUCUUCGAAACCUUCGGCAAGUGCAUUUAUGGCGUCACCUGUCGCUUUGCCCAAGCCCACCUUGGGGAUGGCUACCAGAACAUCGUCAACACGGACCUGGCCAAGCAGUGGGAAGGGAAGUCCCUGGUGAGGAACAACCUCUCCAAGGACCUCCAGCACCAGCUGCGCAAGAGGAAGUUUAUCUUCAAGAAGGCUGACGAGUACCUCCGUGGGCUGGCCAAGCCCCACGGCAAUGGCGGGAAGGGAGGCAAAGCCACGGGGCAAUCUACAGAGGAGCAAGAGGUUGGCGAGGAGGCUUCCUCCAUCAAAACAGUGGGCCCAGUGACAGAUGAAGAUAUUAUAAAGCUGCGGUCAUGUGAGAAGAGGAAGCUGGAAAUCCAAGGCAAGCUCUACUUGGCUCCACUGACCACGUGCGGUAACCUCCCUUUCCGAAGGAUAUGCAAGCGCUUCGGAGCAGAUGUCACCUGUGGAGAGAUGGCUGUGUGCACAAACCUGCUUCAGGGCCAGUCCUCCGAGUGGGCUCUCCUCAAACGGCAUCAUACCGAAGAUAUUUUUGGGGUGCAGCUGGAGGGAGCGUUUCCAGACACGAUGACCAAAUGUGCAGAGCUCCUGAACCAGACAAUUGAAGUGGACUUUGUAGACAUCAAUGUCGGGUGUCCCAUCGACCUGGUCUACAAGAAGGGAGGAGGCUGUGCUCUGAUGACUCGGUCCAACAAGUUUGAGCAGAUUGUCCGAGGGAUGAACUCGGUGCUGGAUGUCCCGCUGACUGUGAAGAUACGGACGGGGGUACAAGAAAAGAUUAAUGUGGCUCAUAAAAUAAUCCCCAAGAUCCGGGAGUGGGGAGCAUCCAUGGUCACGCUUCACGGCCGAUCCAGGGAACAGCGGUACACAAGGGGCGCCGACUGGGACUACAUAGCAGAAUGUGCUAAAAUAGCAAGCCCCAUGCCUCUUUUUGGAAACGGUGAUAUUUUGUCUUACGAAGAUGCUAAUCGAGCCAUGGAGAUGGGCGUUUCGGGAAUUAUGAUUGCAAGAGGGGCACUCAUCAAACCGUGGCUUUUCACUGAAAUUAAGGAACAGAGACAUUGGGAUGUCUCCUCCAGCGAGAGAUUUGAUAUCCUCAAAGACUUCACCAACUAUGGCCUUGAGCACUGGGGGUCCGAUACUCAGGGCGUGGAGAAGACCAGGAAGUUCCUGCUGGAGUGGCUCUCCUUCCUGUGCAGGUAUAUUCCAGUUGGCUUGUUAGAAUACCUACCUCAGAAAAUUAACGAGCGGCCGCCUUACUACAUGGGGAGAGACUAUCUGGAGACACUGAUGGCAAGCCAAAACGUGGAUGAUUGGAUUAAAAUAAGUGAGCUGCUUCUGGGACCCGUACCUACCAGCUUCACCUUCCUGCCUAAACACAAGGCAAAUUCCUACAGAUAGGGCUGACGAGGCCCCUUCCC